AUGUCACCGCUGCAACGGGCCAGUCAAGCCGGAACGUCAACUCAGCAAUCAGAAAUUACAACAUUUGCUUCAGGAAUGAACUUUUGUAGUCUCAGUUUGUUAAUGAAUGUUAAACUUUGUUAUCCAGAGGGCGACCCAGCAAAUGCCGCCCAAAUAUGUUUAGCAGUUUGUGCCGUGUCUAACGGUGGUCCCUUCUCUAUUACAACACCCGAACACCGUCAACUAGCAAAGAUGUUCCUGCUACGGCGGUCACCGAGGUCGUUCCGGCUACGGCUGAUUCCGGCCGUCAGUCUGCUAUGCUUCGUUGGGACUGUGCAUUCGAGUUCAAAACAUUUCUCAAACCACGGCAAUGAUCAUUCUGGAGAAGACAGAUAUGACGGUAGAUAUGGAAAUUCUUACGAUUCCUGUACAUCGCCGAGUGGUGAAGUAGGAAUCUGCACAUCAGGAUCCACCUGCUCUUCCUUAGGUGGCAUACCGAGUGGUUCUUGUCGCAGGACGACUAUCUGUUGCGUCAACGUGACAAUUACCACAUGGGGAGGUACUGCCACUUUGAACAACACUUAUUGGCAUUCUCCCAGUACAGUCAUUAACACCCCCUCUAUCUGUGGCCUGACUAUUAAACCUAACUCCAUGGAACAUGACAUUUGCCAAAUUCGUUUGGAUUUCAUUACCUUCACGACCGCUCAACCGACAGCCGGAACUUGUAAGAUAUGUUUCAAAUUAGCGGAUCAACUACUGUCAUUCCAACUAUUUGUGGAGAUAAUAGCGGCCAACACAUGUACCUUCAUGUCCCAGCGUCAACAUUUACCUAUAAUGAUAUCCAGCUCCUUUUAAGUCUCGCAUCUGGAACAGCCACUCGUUCGUGGAACAUUAAAAUCGCAAUGUUCCCGUGUGGAGCUCCCUAUCUGG